AUGAUUGGCCCAAGCAACAACAUUCCGCAGCACCAGCAGACGCAGACGCAGAUGCAGUAUCUGGUUGGCUCUGCUGGAGGAGAGGAGAUUAAGCGCAUGAUGAGCCUAGGCAAGCCAAAGCAAGCAAUCGCCGAGUUUGGCUCAGAGAACGGCCUCAAUAUACCAGCAGCAGGCGCAAUAUACAGACUUCUCGAUUCGCUGGGCUAUACCCGAUGGAGCAUCCACAAAGCUGCGCUUGAGUCAGCCCUUCUUGCUGCCCAGAGCCAGAUUCAGGGUGCCGACCUCCCGCUGGAUAAGCACAUAGACCUUUUGAAUCAAAUUAAACCGUACCUUGGGUUUAAACGCCUGCAGCACCUCCCACUGCUUCUCCUGGCCAAGCAGCCCACCAUGAUCCCUGCUGACAUCCGCGAUAUGAUCACAAGCAAUGCCGAUCUCUAUUCUGGCUGCAGCGUUGGGGUGAAGCAAGAGCUUUGGAGGCACGAUAACGCGCUCUUCAGACAGCACAUGCUGCCUCUGAUUAGGACCUACGCCAUUUGUGCAGAUCUGGCCGAGAUGUUGCGCGAAAUAACAGGCCCUCACGUCAAGACAUACACCAGGAAGCGCCGCGAACACCCGGCCUUCAAGGAAAUUGCCCACGCAGUUGCCGGUGAUUUGCAGCUGUACAUGCUGUGCCUGGGGCUGGUUCGCGAGGAACUGCUGCGCACCAAUGACCCUGCGCUGGGCACCCUGCGCCACGACCUCGUCAUGGCCAUGCACGAGAACAACGCAUCAGAGAUUGUCAGGGACGACAUGUGUCACAAUCUUGCGUGGACCCUGGAUGCGUGCAUACUCAAACAAGAAUUGGAUGCCGAGCGUGUCGUGGAACUGCAAAGGUGCUUUGAUGCAAUCGACAAGGACAGCGCGCCCUACGGCGAGAUUGCCCUUAUUUUCAGCAACCCCUACACCCGUCAUGUUUUGGCGCAGUACAUCCUGGCUCUCCUUGAGAAGAUUGCCCCCAACUCGGAAGUCAGCGCGCUGUACUCUGAGCUUAUCUGGCCGACGCUAGUGAUGGCGAUUGGGCUCAAUGCGCUGGCUUUGAUUUCAAGCGCCCAGGCCCAGUUCCCAAAGAUUGACCGUAAUAUGAAGCGCGUGUUCUUUAACAGAAUGAUAUUGUUUAUAAAAAUGUCGCAGAGCCGCGACCGCAUCUUUCGGGCACGCAACCAGGGUGGUGGCACAAACAGACAUGCUCUCCUGGACCAGCUGGGUGAUUUUAGCCCAACUCCAGACACAGAUCCAACCGAAUCAAUUGAGGCAAUCGAGACGCAGCCAACAGACAAUGAUUUGGAAAUAUUAGCGAGUAAUGAGCCCGCACGCCAGGUGCUCUAUGUCUACCUACUCAAGCGCUGGCUGCCUGUCAUUGUAAACGCGCUGCCCAGAUUCCUUGGUCUUUCCCAACAGGACAUGAACCGUUCUUCCGAACCGAGCCUGCACCCUGCCAACACGCUUAUGCCGCCUACUGUAGAGCUGGAAAGGCGGAUGUUUGCAUUCGAAAUUGAUGCUUUUGUUCAAAGCCUGGUCUCGCGCGCCAGGGAUACCAAGGGUGUGGCCGCCGCCAUUCUCAACAGUGUGGCUCAAGAGACUGGUUGCGGCGUCACAGCCGCGGAUAGCGGUGUCGGAAUGUUUACGACUCCCUUUGUGCGCUUCCUUGACCAGACUGCGCGUGUCCGCCACGUGUGCCACGAGCAGGCAAUCGUGUUCUUGACGCACUGCGCAAAUGUUUUGUCUGCCGAGUACAACGGCGGGUCCAAAGACGCUUCCAUGUCGAAUGGCAUGUCUCCAUUUGGACCGGGAUCAGCGCUUGGGAACAAGGAGAACGCUGUAUGCUUUAUAUUUGAGUUUGCAGAGCGCGCGGCAGCGCACUUUGCCGUUGACCCAUUGUAUAGCGGCAGCCUGAAGGAGCAUUACCGAAGGCUGGCGGCUGCAUGUCCAGAGCAGGCGUUCAAAUACCGCAUAUCCCAUGCCAACAGCCCCAACGUGUCAAAGUUUUUAUCUAGCUAG